AUGCUGCGGGUCAGGUGUCUCAGAGGAGGUAGCAGGGGCGCAGAGGCUGCCCAUCUGAUUGGAGCUAUGUUUGGUCGAGCGGUGUCUGGGUGGGUGCAGAGGGCAUUUCGGAGCACCUCCAGCUCAGCAGCUGCCCCCCAGCCCCGCCUGGUGGACGAGGACACUGUUACUGAGCCCACACCCCAGGAAUGCCCUGUUUGCUCCUACAAUGAAUGGGACCCACUUGAGGAGGUGAUCGUAGGGCGAGCGGAGAACGCCCGAGUGCCCCCGUUUACUGUGGAGGUCAAGGCUAACACCUAUGAGAAGAACUGGCCUUUCUACCAAAGGUUCGGAGGCCAGACAUUCCCUGAGGACCACUUGAAAAAAGCUGUUGCUGAAAUUGAGGAAAUGUGCAAUAUUUUGCGUCUAGAAGGUGUUACUGUGAGAAGACCAGAGCCUUUAGACUGGUCUGUUGAAUACAAGACUCCAGACUUCACAUCCACAGGCAUGUACGCUGCCAUGCCGCGGGACAUCCUCCUGGUUGUUGGAAAUGAGAUUAUUGAGGCUCCCAUGGCCUGGCGGGCACGCUUCUUUGAGUACAGAGCCUAUCGCCCCCUCAUCAAAGAGUACUUCAGGAAAGGAGCCAAAUGGACCACUGCCCCUAAACCCACCAUGGCUGACGAGCUGUACGACCAGGAAUACCCCAUCCGGACAGUGGAGGACAGACACAAACUUGCUGCCCAAGGCAAGUUUGUUACCACGGAGUAUGAGCCUUGCUUUGAUGCGGCUGACUUCAUCAGGGCGGGAACAGAUAUCUUUGUACAGAGGAGUCAGGUUACAAACUUUAUGGGGAUAGAGUGGAUGAGACGUCAUCUGGGCCCCACCUAUAAGAUCCACAUCAUCUCCUUCAAGGAUCCCAACCCAAUGCAUAUUGAUGCCACAUUCAACAUCAUUGGACCUGGACUGGUUCUGUCCAACCCUGAUCGUCCGUGCCACCAGAUCGAGAUGUUUAAAAAAGCUGACUGGACUGUGGUGAAACCUCCAACGCCUCUGAUCCCAGACGAUCAUCCUCUGUGGAUGUCCUCUAAGUGGCUGUCCAUGAAUGUCUUAAUGCUGGAUGAGAAGCGUGUUAUGGUCGACGCCAAUGAGACCACCAUACAGAAGAUGUUUGAAAACCUGGGAAUUAAAACCAUCAAGGUGAACAUUCGCCAUGCCAACUCUCUGGGCGGCGGUUUUCACUGCUGGACCACCGAUGUGCGUCGCCGUGGCACCCUGCAAUCCUAUUUUCAGUAG